UCCAAACAGAUCUAAUUUGCAGCGGGGAGAGAGAGAGAGAGAGAGAGAGAGAGAGAGAGGCUAUGGAGGUGGGAGAAGAGCUGAGCCAACCGAAGUGGAAGAGAAGUGUUCCAAAGAGAUUCAGCUCACCAAAGUCAUCUUCUUCUUUGUCUUGUCUUAUAAACAAUCUUGAUGAUGGCUGCCUCAUGCACAUCUUUAGCUUCCUCUCUCCUAUCCCAGAUCGCUAUAACACCGCCCUGGUUUGCCACAGAUGGCUUUUCUUGGCAUGUCACCCUCGCUUGUGGCUGCGAGUUGAACGAUCAAUUAAAGAUCCAUUGGAGCCUGGCGUCUUCCCUAGUAUUGAGACAGCGGUUGCUGCCGCAAGGCCUGGCGACACCAUUCUAAUUUCAGCAGGGGGAAGGCAUCUUGCUUCUGAUAUUCAAAUAAAAAAGCCGCUUUGCCUGAUUGGUGGAGGUGAGCUACCGGAUGAGACAACCCUCAUUUGUUCUCGCGGUGCAGACAGUGCAUUGGAGUUCCUGUCCACCUGCAAAUUGGCAAACUUAACUGUGAAGGCAGAGCUGGGUUCUUGCUUGCUUCAUAGAAGUGGAAGGCUCACAAUAGAUGGGUGCGUGCUUCAGUGUGAGACGAAUCCCCUAGACUUCCUUUCGGUCCCCAUUGUGAGUACAGCAAGUGCGCAAACUGUGUUGUCUUCUUCGGUGAAGUGUUAUAAGGAUGGUGUUUCUGUUUCUCGGACUCGAAUUGAAGGAGGUGCCAAGGCUGUUUCAACUAGUGGAUACCUGACAUUGCAGCGAGUACGAGUCAUUUAUGCUCGGACGUCUCUCGUUUUCUGGUUUGAUAUGGAGCAACAAUGAUGUGUUGGAUUCCUAGUUGGCAUCUGUAGAAUAGUAAUUGUUUUUUUCUUUGGUAAACUAUGUACAAUAGUAAUUUGGAUUUGUUGUAUUUAUUUCAUGGUUUGUAUACAUUUCCAGUUUAGAAGAUGCUGCAUGUAUGUCUUUCCUAAUGUUGAAAAGGUCAUUGCCAAGAUGGGAUAAAUGAGAAUGAAUUUGUGUGAAAUCUUCUUGCAA